AUGGGGAACGCCGCCGGACGAGAACUGAGCCAGGCCGAGCGGGGCCGCAGGCCCAACGACAAGGAGAUGCUCGUGCUGUUCAAGAUGCAGCGCGCGCUGUUCCGCCGCCUCGUGGCGUCUCCGGAGCACCUGCAACUGCUGCAGCGAUACUGGACAGCGAGCUUCCGUCGCAGAGACCAAAUGCCGGGCUUCGUGCUGGUGAGCGACCUGUGGACGGAGGCGGGCUUCUCGGACCCGAAUCCGGCCGCCGACCUGAACCCCAUGGGCGAGUUAGGGCUGCAGUGCCUCGUGUUCUUCGUCGAGACGUACCCGGCCGAGACGGCCAUGAUGCGGCGCGGUCGGGGCGGUUAUCCGUUCGCCAAGGCCGCGGUGGCCAUCGUACGCUCCUUGAGCUUGACAACGCACCUGAUGGACACGAGCGGGAAUCCGGGGCCGUUCCCCGUCACGGACGAGCUCUUCUGGCAGCUCUUUGAGCGGGACGACGGCUUCUUCCAGCUCUUCGCGCUCGCCUUCUUGACGUUCGAGGAGCUUUUCUGCGAGGAAGUGGCGGUCAACCUCUGGAUGCGAGAUGCCGGCACUUGCUCCAUGACGGUCGUGGACAGACUGGUAGCUGCGGUCGAGCUGAAGCUGACGACGGAGCUGAAGAAGGCCCCGUUGAAGCUGGCGGACCUGCAGGAUCUCUGCAGCAACGGCCGACACGUCAUCCACAAGAAGGACGAGAGAAGCUCUGCCGGCCGCGGGGCUGGGCGAUCGUCCAGCAGCAGUGAGGCGAGCUCCGUCUCACGCUGGAGGCAACACCAAACGGCCGGCAGGAAGAGCAUGCGGCAGGUCGGCGAGAGCUGGGGCAAGGAGAACGAGAACAAGACGAAGCCAAAGAAGGAGGAGAAGGAGCCUCCGCAGAGCAAGGCGUAUCGGUUGAAGCCGCGCAUGCCCGAGAUCGAGCGCCCGCCCAGCGACAGUUCCCAAGCGAGUGGAGUUAGCAGCGACGCUGGGGCACAGCCGCCAGGACAUCGUCCAGCAGCUGAAGAGUGCGAAGACGCCGUCGACGAAGAGGACGACGACGAUGAACCGGACCAAGCAGCCUCCGAGCCGACUGAGGACUUGUUCGCCGGCCUCGUCACCAAGAACGCGACGUCCUUCGCCGACUCCAAGCACAGCGAGCGCGACAUCGAGCCCGAGACGCCGGCGCCGCUAGCAAGGAGCUGCUAG